UAUAUAAAGCAAGUGCCAUGUAUCUACGUUCUCUACUGCUGGCCUUCACGAUGACGCGCAUUCGGAUUCAACUCCUGGUGGUCGUGGUGCUGCCUCUUUGUUCUCAUGGUAACAGCGACUGGGACACAAUCAAAGCAAAGCUGGCACAAAUGGUUCACCACAAACACCCAGACCCUUCACCAGCACCUUCUGAGAUACAGCCAACGUUUGUUCUGGGUGCAGAGCACGGUCUUGGCCCAGAUGCAGCUAAAGCUGAUGUUGAGCUGGCGCCAGAUGAAGACGUUGUCUGGGAUGUGAAGGUGAAGAGUCUCCUUGAUUCAGGAACGCUAACGGGCCCAGGAUCCGAAGACUUCAAGGACGAGUUGGAGCAGAUGGAAAAGGAAGGGAAACAUCACAUGGAGCUAGAAUUCGUGAGUAAUCCGCAAACCAAUGGUGGUGAGGUAGGAUCUCUGUCUACAGAAGUCAGCAAGGCCGCUGAUCCUGUGGAAGUCAUUGGUGUUGAGAAGAAGAGGAACAAGAGGAGGAGGAAGAAGAAUAUAGCAGGACAGAAAGGUCGUAGAGGGAGGAACCGUGCACUCAGACGGCAGGAGAAACAGAGACAGAGAGAGCUGAAGAAGAAGACACGAUUAGAGAGAAAAAGAAACCGUCAGGCACAGAUCGGAAUCGUGGGAAGGAGAAAAGGACCUGUUACGGUGUUAACAGGUGAAGAACAAAAGACUGAACAGAUUUCAAGAGGUUCACAGAAGGUCGCUAGUCAACCUGCGCAAAUACAGAUUGAGUCUGCGGUGACUGACAGGCAACCAGAUCGCGCCAGUAUCCCCGUGUUUCAACCAUGGAAGGUCCAGAAUCAAACUCCCGAUGAGCAGAAUGCUGACUCGACAAAUAUAGAACCAAGCGAGGAAGAUAAAACUCCUCAAUCAGAGGGAGAUCCAAAUGUGGAGAGACAACCAUAUCGCGCCAGUAUCCCCGUGUUUCAACCAUGGAAGGUCCAGAAUCAAAGUCCCGAUGAGCAGAAUGCUGACUCAGCAAAUAUAGAAUCAGGCGAGGAAGAUAAAACCCCUCAAUCAGAGGGAGAUCCAAAUGUGGAGAGACAACCAGAUCGCGCCAGUAUCCCCGUGUUUCAACCAUGGAAGGUCGAGAAUCAAACUCCCGUGGAGCAGAAUGCUGACUCAGAGAGAAUCAAACGAGACAGUUGGUUCAACCGGAUGUUCAAACAGUUCAAGUCGAAUGGCGGAAAGAAUAUGGUAAAGACUGAAGUCGAGGAUCGUCAGGAGAGUGAGGAGAACAAAGUCAGCAAUGAUGAUGAGGAUGAUGAAGACGAGAACUGGCAGAAGGGGGGUGGUGGAAGCAGAAACAAAGGCCCUGGUGUGAUAACUCAAGAUAUGAUCAUGAUGGCCAGAGAUGGUAAGCCUGGAAAGAACAAUGCAGGCAUGGCCCAGCGUGGGGGAGACGGUGACGACAGAACGGGGGAGAACCCCAACAAGCCACCAAACAAGCCAGAGAUUAGACAACCAGGUGUCGGGGACGGACGGCGUGGAAAGGUGAUGAAUAGCUGGCCCUUGGAUGACAAACAUUCCUUGACGGAGGACGGAGACAGGGACUCACGAGGGGGAGUGGUCCAGCAGACUGUCCCUGGUGAUGCCCCACAGAUGAGACUCCAUGGUGACCAAGCAUACUCGACGACAGCCUGAACAUCGCAGGCGCUGACGACGUGACGACAGCGGCAUCAACACACAUCUUAGUACGUGUCAGCGUCCCCUUUCCCUGACCUGCAACUCAUCUUUUCUCGUAUUACGAUGGUUAUGUGAUGAUGGAUCUCUUUUAUCACUCUUAAAGAUAACGAGGUCUCAAUACAUAAGUCAUUAACAGUCUACAAGGUUAGACAAGUUUUGUUUUGUGAAAAUGUUUUCAUAUAAUACUGUGUUCUAUAUUCUUGCUGACAUCACUUCUCCGAUAUUUCUCAGAUGGAUU